AUGCUGCUUGCGAUGGGGGCUGCCCUCACAGCUUUGUCCAUCCUGAAUGUUGUGUCUGGGCAGAUCGUUGAGGCAACCGAUUGGAGUUGGGCCGGAAUUUACCCCAGCAGGGAGCUAGAGUGGCACAAGUGUUUCGACUGCGCUGGACAAUGCGAGGGCCGACUCGACUGUGCUCGUCUCGAUGUGCCGAUGGACUGGUCCGAUCCUAACGAUGACCGACGGGUAGGUGCCGGAGGAUCUGGUAAUUACGUGCUGCGACUCUAUGGCAAGUAUAUGCAGAGCGUUGUUGGUAAUAACCAUGUAAGCCCCUUGACCGUCUCGUCACGGAACGCAACUGAGAUCUCGGACCAGGAUCUCAUCUCAUUCGACCCCCGUGGCGUUGGCGCGUCGACUCCCCGCUACCAGUGCUUCGACCACCCUUCAGACAAGGUGACCUGGGACGCCCAGGACCCAGGCACAAUCGACGCGGACAGGUCCCUGAGCCUCGGCCCCCUCCUGUACGCCCGAGCCAAGGCCUACUCCUCCCUGUGCGAGCGGCAGGUACAGAAGACGGGCCUCGCCCAGAACUCGGGUACGGCCUAUGUCGCCCGCGAUAUGCUCGAGAUUGUCAACAAGGGGGACCCGGCGUUUCCUGACCUCAAGUUCUGGGGCUUCAGCUACGGCACGAUCAUUGGCGGCGUCUUCGCCGCCAUGUUUCCCAACCGCGUGGAGCGCAUCCUCAGCGACGCCAACGCCAGUUACCUGGAGUGGUUCCGGGGCGGGGAGCGGCAGUUUCUCGAUUCGGCCGAGGAUGUCAUGAACGCUUUCUAUUCCUACUGCCACAAGGCGGGAUCGGAACGAUGCGAGUUCUUUGACGAGUCGCCGGCAGCGAUUGAGAACAGGUUCCAUACCCUGUUCGAGACGCUGAGGAGGGAGCCCGUUGUCGUGAAGCCCAACAGAUGCACCGGGCCAGCGGUGCCGGAGCUCAUCACGUAUGCAAAGCUGAAGAUGCACCUUCGCGAGGCCCUUUACCAACCAUACUACGGAUGGCCGUACUUUGCGAAGAUUCUCGCUGCCCUGGAGCGUGGCGAUGGGAGACCCUUUUACGCAUUCUAUCACCCCACCCCCCAGGCGCCGGCGGAGUCGUGCGAGGCGCCUGUGUCGCCGUUCGAGCCUUUGGAGGGCAUGACACCCAGCACGCCCGACGCGUAUCCCUUCAUGCGCUGCGCUGAUCGGCCACAGGGAAGCAACCACACUCUCGAGGAGUUUGUGCAGAAUGCACGAGAUCUGAUGGACUGGAGUCCUUCGGUUGGGGCUGCCAAUCUGGACAACAUCCUGCGCUGUGUCGGCCGCACCACGGAGCCCAACUACAGCUACAAUGGUAGAGCUGUGACCGUAUCCCGAAGGCUGUUGGUAGACUGA